AUGACACUACAAUCACGCCGCAGGCCGAUCGAAAUUCUCCUGGUCGAAGAUAACCCCGGCGACGCGAGGCUGACCCGGGAGGCGUUUGCCGACGCCAGCGUCUCCAACAACCUGUCGGUGGUUGGUGACGGCGAACAGGCCAUGGCCUUCCUCAGGCGGGAAGGCGAUUACGCCGGCGCGCCGCGUCCCGAUCUGAUCCUGCUGGACCUGAACCUUCCCCGCAAGAGCGGCCGGGAGGUGCUGGAAGACGUCAAAACCGACCCGAGGCUGCUGUCCAUUCCCAUCGUGGUGAUGACCACUUCGGAAGCCGAAGGGGACAUCGUCAACUCCUACUAUCACCACGCCAACGCGUACGUCACCAAACCGGUUGACCUGGAUCGUUUCAUCGACGUCGUCAGCAAGAUUGAGGGGUUCUGGCUUACCGUCGCGAAGCUGCCGCCGGAGUGA